AUGGCCAGCCAUACCGCAACCCUCAGCGCACUCCUUCGCGAUUCCUCAAUUACGGACCAUAAUGAAAUACUCAAAGCUACAAAUGACGUAUUAAAGAGUUCUAAGCUCGACUCCAAUGCCUUACAUACCCGCGCCGUCGCCCUCCUUAAACUCGACCGAUACGACGAUGCACUAAAAGCGCUCGAUGAUGGUGGAGAUAAACUGGCUUCUCAAUGUAUUUUGGAGCGCGCUUAUGCUCUGUAUAAGACAGGCAAACUGGAAGAUGCAGCGAAAGUUUGUGAAGGAGGUAAUAGUAGGGGUUUGAAACAUGUUGCUGCGCAAGUCGCAUAUCGUGCCGAGAGAUUUGCGGAUGCGGAGGAACUUUACAAACACCUCGCAGAAAGUGUGGGAGCUGGAGAUGAAUUAAUGGAUUUGAGGAUCAAUGGACUGGCUGUGGAUGUGCAAUUAGCGUGGCAGGGCGAGAAAAGUGAAUUGAAGAGCAAAAACGACGAUUUCGAGGCAUUCGAGACGGCGUAUAAUGUUGCAUGCGGGCAUAUCGCAAAGGGAGAUUAUAACAAGGGAAAUUUCCUGUUAAAGCGGGCAAGGGAUCUGUGUGAGGCUCUGGACGAAUUGAGUGAUGAUGAAAAGAGAGCAGAAGUCUUGCCCAUUAUGGUACAACAGGCAUAUGUGCUGACCAAAUUGGGUAAAACUGAAGAGGCCAAGUCAUUGACCAAGAUGAUCAAUCUCGCUGAUGUACCAGAACCUCAAACCAAAAUAAUCGCUCAAAAUAAUGUAUUAGCUACAUCGACCGAAAUUGAUAACCCGUACCUUUUGAAACGAGUUUUCGACUCAGUACCCAACUUAUCGCAUCGAGAGAAGCAUUUUGAGCAUCAAGCGAACAUUCUGGAACGAAAUCAUUACACAGUUGAGUUACAGGCGUUAAAAUACGGAGGCGUAGCGAAAUCUACAUUAAAAAAGAUCUUGGCUUCUUCAUCACCAACUAUCUCACCAUCAAUCAACGGCCUUUCGGUUCUCAACGCUGCAGCUCAUGCCGAAGACAAAACCGGAAAAGCCGCUUUAAAGCAAACUUUGUCACUUCUUGAGAAGCGACCAAAUGACGUUGGAUUGAUCCUUACCAUUGUCCAACUUUACGUAUCGACGGAAAAUCCUGCCCCUGCAAUUGCCCUCCUGGAAGCAUUCUUUAAGCGUUUAGAAGAGUCUACCAAUCCCUCAGAUCAAGAUGUACGAUUUGCACCAGGAUUAGUAGCCCUUCUCAUCUCCCUCUAUCGAUCCACCGGCCGCAGAACCCCUAUAAGACCCGAGCUCGAAAAAGCCGCUUCAUACUGGCGACAGAAAUCCAAACCUUCCCCAUCCCUCUUCCACGCCGCAGGUAUCUCCCUCCUCGAAUCUUCCAACCCCGAAGAUGCCAAAGCAGCAGGCGAUAUCUUCUCUUCCCUCCGCUCUCAAGAUCCCACAGACCGCGUCGCAAUCGCCGGUUGCGUCGCUUCAUACGCAUCUUCCGAUUUCUCCAAAAUCUCCUCGGACAUCGACACGCUCACCCCCAUCCCCAAACUCAUCUCCGGCAUCAACGCCGAAGAUCUCGAAUCCUCGGGUAUCCCAACCUGGACCUCCAAAACCACAUCCACCGAAUCAUCCAAGAAACGCGCUCUAGACGGCAAGGAAAAAGAAAAAGAAAACGAAGACCCGACGAAAAAGCAAAAGACGAUAGGAACGCGCAAAUCGAAAUUACCCAAAGAUUUCGAGGAGGGCAAGAAAAUGGAUCCGGAGAGGUGGUUACCGCUCAAGGAUCGCAGCUCCUACAGACCGAAAGGCAAAAAGGGAAAGAAGAAGGCCUUGGAUGCGACGCAGGGAGGCGUGGUGAGAGAAGAUGCGUUAGAGGGUGUUGAGGCGCCCGGGAGCAAGGUUGUAACGGGUAGUGGUGGGGGUGGAGGCGCAAAGGGGAAGAAGAAGAAGGGGAAGAGGUAG